AUGGCGGCGCACAAGAUGACGGCCACAGCGAAAGCGGCGUUCGUGACAAGCCCAUCCGAAACAGAUCCUCACCCGUAUCAAAUCGGACUUGGGAACCGGUUUGCGUCGGAAGCUGUGCCAAAUGUAUUGCCCAAAGGGCAAAAUGUUCCUCAACGAGUGAAAUAUGGUCUAUACUCGGAGCAGUUGAACGGGGCUCCCGUAGUGAGUUCUCGGGAUGCGAUUCGCCAUGUAUGGAUGUACAGAAUGCGGCCGUCCGUGGCCCAUGGCCAGGUUUGCCCAAACCUACACAUGAAUACUGAUAUCGAAUCUUUCUUCUCGCCAUCCAACAGCAACGUGGAGUUUUUUGCAUCUCAGCAGGCAUGGGAUCCGUUCCCGAUCUUGGAAUCUAUCGAGCAUGGAUUAUCAUCUAUUGGCAUUGACUUCGUCCAAGGCAUCAAGACCAUUGGUGGCCAAGGAGAUCCCUCCCUUAGAGAGGGAGUCGCAAUCCAUGUCUUCUCAGCGAACGUCUCAAUGGAACAGUCGGCAUUUUCUAACAACGAUGGCGAACUUCUCAUUUUGCCUCAACAUGGCAGGCUAAAUGUACAAACCGAGCUGGGCUGGGUCAUGGUGCGUCCUGGAGAAGUCAUGGUAAUUCCAGCCGGAAUUCGAUUUCGCGUUCUUCUACCCGAUGGACCCGUAAGAGGCUACAUACAAGAGGUUUUCGGCACACACUACGAGCUUCCAGAACUCGGUGCCGUUGGCUCCAAUGGUCUGGCGCUCCCGAGAGAUUUUGAGUCCCCAGUUGCCAGUUUCGACAUUGAUGAGACCGUGUGGACAAUUACGUACAAGCUGGCUGGCAGCUUGCAAACUUGCCAACAAAACCAUUCCCCGUUCGAUGUUGUCGCCUGGCACGGCAACUUGGUUCCCUAUAAAUACGACAUGGACAAGUUUGUCAACAUGGCAAAUGCGAACAAAGACCAAGCCGACCCGACAAUUUACUGCGUCUUGACAGCCAGAUCCAAGGUCCCUGGCGCGUCACUCACGGACUUCCUAGUUUUCACAAAGAAAUGGAUCACUGCGGAAGAUACCUUUCGGCCGCCGUAUUACCACCGAAACAUGAGCACCGAAGUCAUGGGGUUGAUUUACGGAAAGUACGGUGGAUCUAGUCAUGUCCUGGACGGCGGCGGCCUCAGCUAUGAGGCGAGCUACAUGCCCCAUGGCGAAACAUAUGACACGUGGAAAGAUGCCACCACUCGCGAGUUGAAGAAUGUGGUUAUCUGCGAGGAUACAAUGGCCUUUAUGUUUCACAUUAGCGUGCCAGUGUUCCUUACGAAAUGGGCUACGCGCGGCGAGGGAUCCAAGUCCCUCCAUACGAGUGAUCCGCGUCAGUGGGACAAUGUGAGGGCACACUUUUUGGACCAUUUGGAGGAAGUCAAUACGGACUUGAGGGCCGCCGGGCUUCCGACAUUGUCACGGCGUGACUAA